UCAACUAUCCGUGUGAAAACCGCAGCUCACAAAGCAAUCACUUGUCACAAAAGCUAUCGUGACGACUUCGAUGAUCUAAGUCAGCCCUUGUUCAAGAUGUUUACCAACAUCGCAACCCAAUCCCCAUCGCAGGCCGGCAUACUUCGUGGCCAUGCAUUGAGUACUACUCUGCUACGACCGGUCGGGGCUUCGCUGUCCAAAUCACGCCCCGGGCAACAAACCCGUGGCUUUCGCUUCGGCAUAUGGUCAUCAUACCUCGAUCCCGAAACCCAACGUGAUUUGCGUCGUCGCCAUCGUAUGCUGAAGCACAAGUAUGCUGAGACAAUCAUCCGCCGAUUGAAGUGGGACCAUAGCCCUUUGUCCGAAGAUCCUCGAGCUAUACUCCGCCGCGUUGUGGGGCGUUACUGCUAUCCGGCCGAUGUCCACACCAGUCGUGGUGUUAGUAGUGACAGAUCGGCGCGCUGGUAUGGCAACAUACCCAGCGGCGAUAACGCAGAUGAUGGCCGAGCCAAGGCUUCUUCGAAUAAUACAUUUGGGGGCCAGUUCGAUUCGUGGAAGUCAGAGCUGGAUAGUAUGGUCAACUCUUGGACGAAGCAAGCGAACAAGGCUGCGACACGGGCAAAGUCUACUUCCACUCCAGAGGCAAGAUCCCAACAGGGCAACACUGCCAGUCCGAUCCAGGUCGGAGAGGACUAUGUAAUUGAUCCUAUCACGAACCGCAAGGUCAUGAAGAAAAGCUAUGGCUCCUUUGAGAGUGCACCAGAAGCAACACCUGCCGAAACGUUCAAGUCCUACAGAUCUCAAUUCGCCAUGUUUAUCCCGCCAAACAUCAGCGGUCCAACCAACCAGCAGCCCGUCUACUCGGAUGGACCACCUCCCCCUGAGGAACUGACCAAGUAUAAUGAUGUGGAUGUUGAUGCGGCAGCGGAUCGACUAGCGUCCCUAGAUGUUGAAACUCAAAGCGAGGAGUACUCGUUGAAUCAUCUUCCACCAGAGGAGGCCGCCGAAAUUCGAGAGGAUGUCGACAAGUACAACGCAUCUGAGUAUGAUCCAGUCCAAUCGUCAGGAGAGACGCACACCCAAAAGUAUGAUGAUCUUCACAAGUACAACCCAUCCCAAUACGACGAGGUCCAAGCGACCUUGGAGGAACCCGCCGAGAAGUAUGAUGAUCUCCACGAAUACAAAGCCUACAGGUACAACGAAUCGGCAACCCCAGCUAAGGACCCGUCACUGGCAUACGAUGACUUACACAAAUACAGGCCUUACGAACACAAUGAAAGCGCCCAAGUUGAGAGGUCUACACCGCAGUAUGCGGAUUUGGACAAAUAUGCAAAUUUUGAGCAGGACGAGGAGCUCAAUACUGAUGUUGCCGAGGAGAAGUAUAAGGACCUGGACAAGUACAGACCAUCGGUAUUCUCAGACCGCGCCAGGGUUGAAGAGUCUCCGGCAGCUUAUGAAGAUUUAGACAAGUACAAUCAGCCGUUCCAUCAUGAAGAAGGGAAGGCACCAUCUGAAGCGCAGCAGAAAUACGAUGACCUGGCCAAGUACCAGCCCAGGGAGUUUGAUGAUCCUGUAGAGAAACCGUUUGAGCAAUAUGGCGAUUUGAACAAGUACAAGGCGUUUAGAUUUCAGGAGCCCGAGGGCAAAGCAGUUCUAGAGAAAGAUAUUGUUGACGCCUGUCUGAAGGAUUUUGAUGCAAAGAGUGAAACAUGGGAGCACCUGGAACGGUCCCUUUCAAAACACAUCGCAGCGUCAGACGCAGCUGAUAGAGAAGCGAUUGCUAAUGUGCAAUUAUCGCGGCAGAGAUCCAGUGCCCAACGGAAGUCAGGGAUGACGGGCAACUUUGUCCGUGAUUUCCCAGAGGAGUUCUCGAGCACGUGGAGCGAAACUGCUACCGGACUCCAACAAGAGGCCAGCGCGUAUGAGCAGCAAGUCCAAGCUCGUGUGCAGAACGCCGAAAAGACCUAUUCCGAGAGCCUCUUCAGGACAGCUAAUAGCGCAGUUCUGCAACCGGCGUUGGAUAGGCAACCCCAGUCUAAGGUUGACACUACAUUGAAGCGCAGUAGGAAACUCAAACGUCAAACACCUACCUCACAAAUUGAGAUUGACCCUUAUUCGAGGCCAGGCCCGUUGGAGACGAGCUAUGCAGAUGAAUGCGGAUCUGAUUCGAGUGGUCCUAGUUACGUCAGAAACUAUGGCAGCUAUGUCAAGCCCGUCGAGGAGCAGCCCAAGUUCCCCGAGCCGUUCUCGGCGGUAUCACUUGACCAGCUUGUCGACAAUAUCUCAUCAUCGCAAUCAGCCCAAGGGACAAAAUCAUCCACGAUAUCAACAUCAACAGCAGCAGCCAGCGCCGCCAAUACCACCAAUGCCGCAUCCACAUCUUAUUCCACAAUCAACGCCAAACCAACAAUCUACAAGAUCUUGGCCUACGACCCCACAAUGCAAAACGUCAGUACCGCCGAGACGACGUCGGUGGUGCCGGACCAGGCCUCCCCUCUGACACCCGCAGAGGUUCUCCUCCGCCUCUCUAACCCGAUCAAGUUCUUCCCACACUUCGCGCCGUUGGCAACACAGGGCUUUGAGAUUGUCUCGGGGAGCGGGGAUGUGCUCGUGUUCCGUAAGACCCGAGAUGUUGUAUCCCCAAAGAAAUCAGAAUACCAGGUACCGGUCAACCCCAUUGACAUGAUGGGCAAGCCUAUGCCCGCAUUCCCGCGCGCCGCGGCGUUUGCGAGCCCGACGGGCUUCGUGAAUUAUGAUUGCCCCCCGUCGUCGUCGAGUGCUGUUGCUGAAAGUGAAGAGGUACAGAAGUCCGAGGGGUUCAAGUCUAGUAUCCACGUGAGACGCGAGGAGCCCGUCUUUAAUGGUCCCAAGACCACUCCGUCCGAACACAGCUCCAGCAGAGAGAGAAGGAAAAAGAGGAGCUUCACCAAGAGGAUCCUGAUCGGCGGCGUCUCGGUCGCUGGUCUGUCGUACGCCCUAGGUGUCAUUGGGGAAUAUUUCGCCACGGGUGGCGCGGACGGGAGGGGACCGACUGGCUUCUGAAAGGGAUCGCUCCGUCCUCAAGGGUGCUUUGAACCAAGCUCGGAAUGCGGCUGUUCUGUCGUACCAGAAAACGAACAGAAGGUGUAAUUAUAGUUUCUUAGGGGAUUUCAGCUCAAAGGGUUGGGUUACCGGCGUUGGACUUGGAAUUGUGGAUGACUUGGGGAACA